AGUUUUACAUGCAGGUUUAUGAGUUUUAAGUUUUAUAUGCAAUAAAAUAAUAAAUAAAAACUAUUUACUUGUGGUUGUACUUGUUAGUUUUGCACACCACUGCUUGAAGCGCUACGCGCAGUCACAAAUUGUUAAUAUUACAGUUGUUAAUCAAUUAUUGUAUAUAUACAUCUUGUCAUUAUCAUCUGUGUUGUUGUUUAUUAUUUAUUAGUACGUUCGUUAAGACUUUUGUGGUUCAACACAAUGUUCAGUGUUGAAAUUAAGUAAAACAUUACAUCGCUUUUGUACACCUUUGUGUAGCGUUUGGUGGAGUCUUGUUGCAAUGGAAUUCAUCGUAGCAAGCGUAGAAACCAUAAAGUUUGACAUAGAAAUUGCUUUAGAACUACAACAUGGUGCAUUACCUCUACCUUUUUCUGGGAUGGAUAAGUCCAUCGCAGCGGUGUGCGAAUUCUACCCGAAAGGUUCUUGCGUGAAAGGGUCGUCGUGCCCGUUCCGCCAUGUGCGCGGGGACAGGACCAUCGUGUGCAAGCACUGGCUGCGUGGCCUCUGCAAGAAGGGCGACCAGUGCGAGUUCCUGCACGAGUACGACAUGACCAAGAUGCCCGAGUGUUACUUCUACUCGCGCUUCAACGCCUGCCACAACAAGGAAUGCCCCUUCUUGCACAUUGACCCGGAGAGCAAGAUAAAAGACUGCCCGUGGUACGACAGAGGGUUCUGUCGACACGGCCCCAACUGCAGGCACCGACACGUGCGCAGGGUGCUGUGCAUGAACUACGUGGCCGGAUUCUGUCCGGAAGGCUCCGACUGCAAGUUCAUGCAUCCGAGGUUUGAGCUGCCGGCGACGGACGUCCAGCAGAAGGACGGCAAGAAGAUGGUGACCAUCACGUGCCACUACUGCCACGAGAGUGGGCACAAGGCACUGUACUGUAACAAGAUGCCGCCCGAGCUGAGGGAGGCGCAGAUGAAACAGGAAGACUUCCGGUUUCAGAUGCCGAACAAGAACUUUGUGUACGUGCCUAAAGGGGACGGAGGGGACGAGAUAUCCCCCAACAAACUGCCCCAGAAGCCCAUCGAGGAGGUGACGUGCUACAAGUGCGGGUGCAAGGGCCACUAUGCCAACAGGUGCCCCAAGGGACACCUGGCAUUUCUCAGCCAGAGCCAGAAUCCCCCUCCGGCCGGCGGCUACCGGCGGUAGUGCCAUUCCGCCGUCCUCACCAACAUGGGUCUGCAAAAUAAUGAGUGUUGCCAAAGUGGAGGUUCAAACUAUCAACCGGAAAAUCCCACAAUAUCCAACAAAAAAAACUUACGUAAAAAAUGUUGGAAGAUUUUAAGGUAGUUAGUUUCACUGAAAUGAAAACUUAUCUAUUGACUCAAUAAAAUAAUCUGGCUUUCAGCAAACAAUUGAAGUGUUUUUAUUAUUUUAUGAAUGGUUGUGUUUGGUUUUCAUUGCCAGCUAAAAUUACUUAAAAUAAAUCUUCAAAUGAUGCUGAGUGAUGUUUUUAAUUAUCUUUUUUUUGCUUUGUGUCGGUGCAAUUUGGGUGUUUUAGUGUUUUUGUUUCAUGUCAUCUUAUUACCAUGCUAACUGAAUACAAUAUCAUCCUGAUAAAAAGAAGCCAACUUUACUAAUAUUGAUAUUAACCUGGAUUUUAAACUUUAGCAUUGAAUAAGUUUAAAACAUGGAAUCAAUUAAAAAUAAUUGUAUUGAAAUUUUAUGAUAAUAAUCCUUAAAAUAUAUGUUACUUUUUUAGUUAAUGAAAAAGUGUUAAAAUUUUCAUUCAAUAUUCUUGUGUUCAGUGGUGUUCAUAAUUAAUGUUUACAAAAAUAAUGUGUAGUGAAUGCAAUAGUUUUUCAAGUAAUAUACAUACAAAAUGAAGACGAAACAAAAAUUUUUUGUUGUCUUUUUGUAAAAUGAUGGAAAACUAACAGCCAAAAAAUUAUAACUGUUAUUGGUGUUUUAACUAGUAUCAUAUUAGUGUUUCCGUAACUGUCUAUCCAUGGGUUGUACGAAAUUCCGGAUGUAUGUAUUACCUGCAAAAAAAUUAUUUCUUACGUAUAUACAGGAUGAGUCUGAAUUUGAAUUUGAGCAACAAACUUCGGCUUCAGGUUCAUCACGACAAAAUAAGUUUAAAACAUUUGUACCACUUACGGUCUAAAGUGCUUACCAAGUCUGAUAUACAUCUUUAUUGUAAUUUGUAAAUAAUAGAGGAAGUAUUUAAGAUGGAACACAGUGUCUCUUGGGUUUCAUUUUACUGAAUGAAGUUCUACAACCGCCGGGAAUUUUGUGAAUAGAAAAACAAUUUCAAUGAAAUAAUUCUUGAUAGUAACACGUCACAUAAAUAUGUGCAAAAUAAAGUAGUACUUUUGUCUUUUCUCUUAGAACGAGAGAGCUAACGCUCAAAAAGUCUACUAAUUUUGGGAAUUUGAAAUAUUCUCUUCUGCUUGCGAAUUAUAUCAGGAUUGUUCAACUAAUGGAUUAUUUGGCCAAAGGACACAUCUGAAAUGUCACUUUCAUCUUUUCUAAAGGUCUGUACUUUGGCAUCACAAAUCUUCAAAAAACUUAAUUCGCAAAUCAUUCUCUUCAUCAGUUUUAUUAACCACAGCAGCAUAACUGCUGUUAGCCACUGGUUCAAGCUUCAGCAUAAUCUUUCAGUGCUUCAGUUAGCAUGUUUGGCAUAACUUCAGAUAAAUGAAGAUCAUCUUCUAAUUCAGUAAACACUUCAUCCACAGUUCAUCUGGGUUUUGGGUCAUAUUUAAUAUUGCCUAUUUUGAAAUUCUCACAAGCAUUGCUGUUACAAAAGUAGCCGAGACCUCCCAUCGUUAGAGUCUUACAGCUAGUUUGAUCGAGAAUAGAGUUUGAAAAUACACUGUGACUUGAUGCACAUUCAAGGUAGUACCUUUGAAUGUCUUCUGUUUUGUCACCUCCUUUUCAAUUCUGUUGAUCAUUUACUGGAUGACUUGACUGUCAAUUGUAUUGCUACAUCAUUCUUGGAUAGAUUGUACGAAUUGUUCUAUUAACAUUAAUAUCACCACCAGCGUUUACAACAAAAUCCGCCAACACCGUUUGGUGCACUUUUUCCAUGCCCACUCUCUGUAUAAUUCCAUAUAAAUGCAUCUACACCUGGAAUUUCUUCAGAGUUUAGUUGCCAUUACAAAAAAACAUUGUUUUGUUACGGUAUUGCGUAACAGGGCCAUUGCUCAAGAAGUGUACAUGCCUAAUGCCAUUUGGAAGAGCUUUAAAGAUUGGUUGUAGAUGUGCCCAAAUGGCAGCAGGUGAAUGGACUAUGUUCUUAGAGAUUGUACAAUACAAUCGUAUUUAUGCUAGUUGAUGAAUCACUACUAGCUGACCUCGUGAUCCACCUAAAUGAAAUGCUUGUAUCUCUUCUUGUAUACUUUGUGCAAUAAUUUUCGCUGAAAUCCAUGUAAGGACAUCCUCAUCUUGAAUAUUUAUUUUUAAAUUCUUCGUAGCAUUAAACUGGUGAACGAUGUUCCUUUCAUGGGCAAAAAUGUUUUCAAAUCUUAAUGCAAUUUGUGUUAUUAAUUGACGUGGAUGAAUAAAAGAUUUCUUCAAA